GUUCGGUGAUUCAUCAGAGGAACUUGCCUAUUCAAGUUACUGCAUGUAUCAGUGUGGUGACAUGGAUCAUCAGCUCAAGUACUGAAUAAGGGAAGUGUGUUAAUAGCCGCAUUUUUAACAAACUCACCUCGUUUAUAUCAUGUUCUUUAUACUUUGAUCAACGUUUUUAAAACUCAUCAGCUCUGCAAUUUCCGGGAACUUAUCAUAAAGUACAAAUUCAACAAUCUAUAUCUAAAUCGAUGCAAGAUAUUGAAAACACAUUACAAAGUUUAUGAUUGACCAUCGUGACAUAUUCUUGUAACCAACACUACGUUACUUGCUUAUAGUUGUUAUGUACCUAUUGUUGGAGUCCAACUAAUUGAGCAUGUAUUAUGAGACUCAUUUUGAUUUAUUUAUUUUAACUGUUUGUUGUUCUUUUUUUUUUAUCUAUGUUUGUAACUAAUUGAUACAAAAGAAACACUUGAAACAAAGAUUAAUAGAAAAAGGUUUUAUAACCAAUUAAGAAAGUGAAACCAAAGUUCCAUUUCCUCAGCAUGUGACACAAAUACCAGAAGGUUGUACUUCUACUGCCAUAAAUAUCGCAACGUGUCUCAAAUCUUCUGGCUGGCUGACAUCUGAAAGUUGACUAAUUUGAGUUUUUUUUCUUUAGACAACAGAUUAUUAGAUAUCCAUAGAUGUGUUCACUUAGAUAAAACUCAUAUAUUUAUAAAUUAUAAUUGUUUAGCUGGAUGUUCGUAUUAUUCUAUAGAUUGUGCUGUCAAGCAAGUCAGAGUUUGUAUUGUAUCCUUUCACCCCCUUGUCUCUAGAGAGACCACUGAUGAUUUGAUGUAGAUACGCAGUUGACUAAAUGUAAAUAAACAAAGGUACUCAUAAUAAAGUAAUAAUAGAUUGGAUCAUAUAUGGAACGAACAUGUCCGGGAAAAGAUACUUUAAGACCAGAAAAAUUAGAAAUGGUGUCCCAUGAUAAGACCAUAACCAGAAGUUAAUACAUAUAAAUAUACUAUUUAAAAAACAUUCUUAGUAAAAAAGAUUUUAUUUUAAGAAUGUUUUCAUUUUGAUGGAUUGCUACAUGAAAUGAUAGCUAAGGAUUGAAUGACAUAUAUCUAGUUAUGUAAUAAUUUAUUUUCGGAAGUUCUAAAUGUUUUUUUUUUGUAAACUAAGUUCUGAAUGUUGACGUUGUAAUCUUUUAUAUUUAUUAAUGAAAUAUGCUUGUUUGCUGUAAAAUAAAAAGUGAAUGACAAAUUGACAUUGCAUACUUGUUUACAUAUAUGUUACGUUAUUUUGCUACGUACAAAUAUCUAUGAAAUGGAGUAAGUUAUUGAUCUACCAAUUACAAAGUAGCUCAUCAAGUCAAGAACAAGAAAAAAAUUCCAAACAUAACCACACACCUGUUAGAAGAUUACACAGUAACUUCUGUCCUCUGUCCUUCUUUAGUUUAGUUAACAUAUACCUCUUCUUUAGUCUAAUAUUUGCAGAUAAACGAUAAAAACAAAAUAGUUGAGAUUGUAAUAUGUGAUUGAAGUACACUUAAGAUAAUUCAAUACCAGCAAUAUCCAAACAUCGAAAUGCUAACCAUAGUCAAAAGAGUAGUAUAGAUUAUCUUACCAGUAUGAUGAGAGCAUUAAAUUAAUUAAUUAAAAGAAAGAGGACAAAUUAACCUUUUGAAACUGAGAAACGGACAAAUGAUAUAUAUAUACUAUCUGAAAUGAAUGAUCACAUUUUCUCAGUUUCAGGAACUCAGAAAAAAAAGAGAACUCUCUGAAAAAGGGUUCCUGAGUAAAAAAAGGUUCUGAUUUUAAAUCUUUACUAGAUUCUUCUCUGCUCUCUUUUUUUCCCUAUCUCCUGGGUUUCCUUCUCAGCUCCGUUGAUGGAUGAUAGAGACAAAGCUCUUGAAGAAGAACAUAAGGAUGGAGAUUCUGCUGAGAUUGCAGACGAAGAGCAGCUAUGGAGGCGAGGCAUUGUCUCAUCAAGAGCACCACAAGAUACGGGAGAUGAUCUAAUGAGACGUAAUGCAUCCUUAACAUCAAGCCCUAUUGGCAAAAGAGUCAACUUCUCUCCAAUGCCCAGCCCUAGAAUCUUCCAGCGUGGUGCUUCCCUCAGUCCUUGUUCGUCCUCUUCAAGAAACAGACCUAAUAAUAGCCUGAAGAGUCUGAUCCCAAAGUUGACCUUCAAAAACAAGAACAGCAGUAACAGUAACAUGGAUAUCGAGAAAGCUGCGGAUUUGGCCUUUGGUGCGUCCCCUCCUUCUUCAGGAAACGCCAGAGAGAGAUCCACAUGGACGCUCAGUAAUAUUUUAGCUCCAAGGUUGAAGAAAACUGAGUCCUUGCCUGUAACCCCUAUAGCUCACUCGAACCCUGGGUCCACGCAUGGGAGAUAUGUGGUUGAUCAGGUUGCUUCCAUGGUGAGUAACUUCAAUAAUUGUCGAUCCAUGUGAAAUUAUACUGUGGUUUGUGCUGUUAUCUCUUUGGAAAUAGACGUUUUCUUGUCUCGCACGUCGUCUUGGUGACAUUAGAAUAUGUUUUGAGUAAUUCAUUUUACUUGUAAGACAAGUUUAACUGAUCAGGUUAGCUUCUGCUUUACUUCAUUGUUGUUUUGUCUCAACAGAAGAAAAGGCCUCCUCUGCCUUUUCACCGAUCACGCUCUGUUCCAGCAUUCAACAAAGAUGGGAGUCUAAGGCAAUCAGGUGUUUUCCGGGUGAUUCCUACUCCGAACAUGACACCAACCAGAAAUAUUAA